AUAAAGGGGGUGAUGCAACCGCGCGGCGAGCCAGAGCUUCGAGGAGGCGCUCAGAGCCAGGGAGUCUCAGCGACGAGCGUUGCCAGCCAGGAUCGGGGAACGACGGCGGCGGCGGCACCUCUUCUACUUUGCCUGGAGUCCCGACAACACACAUUUCGUAAAGCCCACUCUCACGGUUGCGAGUUCGCACUCCCUUGCAUUUGCCGUUUCACUUUCUUGUGUAGUUCUUUGAAGAAGGAAGGCGCGUAGAAGAACUGGAUUAAAGCAGCAAAAUGAUGCUCCAGCACCUGGGCCAGGUGUCUGCUUCAGAAGUCAGUGCUUCUGCAAUUAUUCCAUGCCUGUCUCCUCCAGUUUCCCUGGGCUUUGAAGAUUUCGCAAAUCUGACCCCAUUGGUGAAAGAGGAAUUAAAAUUUGCCAUCCAGAAUAGGUGCCUUUCUCAGAGGAUGCCCUCCACCUUGGAUACAGUCAUGGUUUCUGAUUCUAAUGAAACAUCUGUUUUAAAAAGAGAGUGUGCACCCCAAGAAGAUGAAAGGAAAAAACGUCGGAGAGAAAGAAAUAAGAUUGCAGCAGCAAAAUGUCGAAACAAAAGAAGGAAAAAACAGAAUGCCUACAGAAAGAAUCAGAAAAAAACUGGAAACAAUCAUGCAGAACUGAAAGCUCAGAUUGAAGAGUUGAAAAAUGAGAAGCAGCACUUGAUCUACAUGCUCAACCUACAUAGACCCACCUAUGUCCGUGCCCAGAAUGGUAGGACCCCAGAGGAUGACAGGAACCUUUUCAUUCAGCAGAUCAAAGAGGGAACCUUGCAAGGCUAAACGAUAAUGAGGCAGUGCCUCAAUGUUCUUUAACCAUGCGUCUUACCAUUAAACAACAACUUGCCAUCCCAAGUAAGAAGCCAUGCUGAAAUUUCAGCAUUUGUGACCUCCAUUUACUCAGAGAAGAUGGAUCUGACAUGAUUUUGCUGAGAAGAAAGGACUAUGGUAGCUUAGCUCCAGCUUUCCCAAGCAAAGACUCAGUUGGGUGGAAGGGAGCCACAGCCUUUCCUCCAGUCUAACCAGUGCCACACUUGCUAUCAUAGAAGCAAUAUGGCUUUACACUUGUUAAACUCCUGCUGGCAUGCAGUUGCAAUGUUUCUGGUAGGGUUCGAAGGGCUCUCUAUGAUGCACAUCUGAUGGAUUGGUCAAGCUGAAAGGAUUCCACUCACUAGAUAGGGAAUGUAGGUGGACUGGAUUGUGUUUUUGUUUGUUUGUUUUAUACUUUCCAAGAAAAGAGGUUAGCAACUUCCAGAACGCUGUUUUCAGUUCCAAAAGGCAUUGCAAUAUAAUGGGAAUUGCUCCUGUUUCUACAACUAGUACAAGAUUUAACUUGGGCACUGCACUUUGUUAAAAAAUGUUUUCAUAAAAGCCCUUCUGUGGGUUUUUGAUGACUCAACUUAGAGGUGGUUGUGGGACAAUGUUGACAAGCUUAAGGGUAUUGCAGAAUUGCUCACUGAAUUAAGACUCAAUAUAUCAACUGGAGCAUUACCACUCUUGGCUUACUUUAAGAAGGGGGAAUGUCCCUUUCAAAACUCAAUUGAUGAGUCACAUGCAGUAUUCAAAAGACCUUUAUACACUCAUGGUAUAAUCACUAGAGAUGUAAAUUGUAUGCCUUCCUGACUUGUGAUUUAUCUUGUCCUUGAUCUUCAUUUUACAAAUGUUUUUUUGGCACAAUCUUUCUCAGAAUCAGAGAAUGUAAUUGCUGGCAAUUUACAAAUAUUGAUUUAUAUGUAGACAUUGAUUAAGUGAAAACAUUGUCCACUAAUGAAGGUUCUGGCUUUUGCUAGGAAGAAAAAGUACAGUAAAGGUGGGUCUGUGGUUUGGAUUUGUUUGAUGGAAUGUUUCACAUCACAAAAGCAAUGCUCUUCUUUUCAUGAGGCAAGGUGACACAAUUCUCUUGUGAGUCUGGAUUUGGAGUUGUCUUGAAUCUUUACGUGGCAGAUUCAUGAAUCAGAAGAGACUUUUGAGUCAGCUUCUGCAGCACCAGAAGAAGCUUGUACAUGCACAUAAAUGUCCUUUCAUCUAAUGAACCUGUCAGAGAAAAUAGUCAAAACCAAUAAAAUGAUGUAACAUGGCCCUUUUGCUUUUAAAAAUGGGUCAGGGGAUGCCACUUAAAGGUAUAUUUUACUGACAGUAUCCCUUUGAAGGACUGGUGAGGAAGUAGCCGAAGAACCUUGACUACUUAAGAACUUCAAGUAAGCCCAGGAGAUACUUCUUUCAUCAUUUUGUAAAGUAGUAAGAAGCUAGUAUUGGAGCUUCCCAGUUGUAUUUAAGCCAGCUGCUGAGUCUCAAUCCAUGUUGGGCUGAUAUAUGGACAACAAAUUGUCCAUUAGAAUUAUGGAAGCAUACCUUAAAACCAGCAUUGGCCUUCCAUAUAAUCAAAAGUAAACGUUAAACACUGGCAAUGUUAACGUUUAGCUUAAACUUCUUACAGUGUUCUUCUGCAGGUCAUUCUCUAGAUAUGUACCAGUAGUAGCUAAAUUCUCCGAAUUCCCAACCAGCAUGAUCAAGAGGACAAUGUACAUUAGGCAUUAUGGGAAUAUUUCUUUCGGAUGACCAAUGUAUUAUUUCUAAGGUUCUUUUACCUGGGAAGUGCUAUGAUUGUAUUAUCUUUACUGUUUUCAGAUGGAGGAAUGACUGUCUUAGAGUAAUGUUUCUCAAUCUUGGCAGCUUUAUGAAGAGUAGACUUCAACUCCAGAACUCUGGAAGUUGAAGUCCACCUUUCUUAAAAACUUUCAAGGUUGAGAAACACUGGUUUAGAAUGAAACAUAUGGUGAAAUGUUAGGAAGCUGUAAUAGAUGAAGUUGUAAUUUGAUCUGGGAGAUAUUGUCCUGAUGAAAUAUAGCAACAAAGGAGCUGGGGAGGAGAAUGGUCCCACCUUUUACUCCUUCACACACUCUUGGUUAAAACUGAAUGCAGAAGGUUAAAUCAGGGACAUCUUGCAUAAGAAGCAGAUGCAAUGAUUCCUCCCUUAUUCCCAAUAGAUUUUGUCACAAAUGAACCUUCUGGUUGAAGUCCUGACUGGGAUAAACCCCAAGCCAAUUGUCUACACAUAUGACUAAUUUCAACAGUGACAAUCAUUGUUAUGCAGAAGUGAUGGAAGGGAGGAUUAAUUCCGGAUAUGAUAUGCCUUGUUCAAAAGGCCAGCCUCAGUUCCCAGGCUUUUCAGUGAGGAUCUCUGUAUAUUCCUAAACAGAACAAGAAUAUUGUGUCUCGGAUUUUAACAAUUCAUAUUUAUAUAAAGAAUAAAAUUGAAUCAGGAAGUCUGUACAAUGUUGAUUAUCAUUUUAGAUCUCAAAUUCUGGAAAAUUGAAGGGUUUGUUUUCAAAACUUACAUUCUUCUUUACAAAUUUCAAAAUAAUACAAAAACAAAAUUACAAAAAUGAACAAAAGUUCAAAUGUGUUUAUGAAAUAGGUUAUAGAAUUUAAAUUGGAGGACUCAAGUUUUUAAUUCUGCAAUUUUUGCUCUGGAAAAAACUUGAUUUAAAAAAAUGGCACAUACUUAAAAAAAUGCUUUAUCUUCUAGGUAUAUUAACGUUUUGCAUAUUUAGUUUUGAGAUCUAUUUUCUUUAAUGACAGAAUUGAAGCAGUAGAUUACAUACCUUGCAAAAAGAAUACUUUGUCCAAGUAUUACCUCUGUUAAAAUUCAUAUGCAUGUACAACCUUAAACAGCAACAUCAAAAUGUAGACUCUCAGUCUCGACUAGCUUAUUUCUUAUCUCACACUACUUUUACAUUCUGCAAUAGAAGUAUUGAUAUGCUUUCAAUAAUCUGGAUAUAUUGUUAUGUCCUUUACAUUACUAUGUUCCAAAUACAUACUGGUAUAUAUUUCAUGUAACCAAAAUACAAGGAAAUGGGCCAAAAUCUGUCUCUUUAGAGAAAUAUUUUUUCUUCCAGCAUCCAAAAUUGCUUUUUCUGAAGGUUUUUUAUCACCAUAUUUGACAAUAUAUCUCAGUGGCCUUUGGAUAUUAAUUCAUUGACUAAACUUUAUAAGGAGGGUAUUAUAUAACUGCUAACUUCUAGCAGCUGAGUAAAUUGGGUUUAUUUAACAAUGAUUCUAUGGACCACUGCAGUUAUAUAUGAUUAUACAGUGGUGGGAUUCAGCCAGUUCAGACCACUUGGGAGAACUGGCUGUUGGAAGAAAUCAUUAGGGCAGAGAACCGGUUGUUAAAUUAUUUGAAUCUGACCACUGAUUAUACAGCAUGUAACCUUCUGUAACUGUUGUUGUCUCUAAAGCAUUCAUUCAAGGUAGAUGCUGUGAACUGGAUCCAAAAUGAAAAGUGGAAGGAAAUAUAGCUUGUGCUUCAAAGGGCACAGAAGAAUAUCCCAAUAGACUUCAUUAUUAGUGUAACAUGUUCCUUGCUUAAGUGAAAGUUGUCCUCAACAUGAAAGUUGAGAAACAUGACCAAGAACAAAUAGAAUCAGUCACUUUAAAAAAGGAGGUCUGGAAAUUAUCCAUACCCAAUUAAUCCUCAAGCAGCAAACCAAGCUACUACAUGAAGGAAUUAGUUCAAGUCCUCCCCAUUCCAAUGAGAUGUACUGUAUUAUUACUUACAUGCUAGGAAUGAUUUCCAAAUGUGUAUUUCUGCAUAUAAAUUUGCAUAUAUGUCAGCCAAUCUUGUAAGCUCCUUUGCACUUUUUCUUGUUUAUUUGGGUGGGAGUUGAUAUAUUUGCUUUGAUGAAUCUUCUUGUCAUCCUAGUCCAGUUUUCACAAUUACAGUUUAUUUCUACUUUGGAAGAACA